AUGGCACCCUCCGAGCCCGUCCACUUCUUCGAUAUCAUCUCCACCCUACCAGGCUCCUCAAAAUCCUGGUCCCCAAACACUCUCAAAGUACGCGCCGUUCUCAACUUCAAAGGCAUCCCCUACACCCAAUCCUGGAUAUCCUACCCAGACAUCGCCCCUCUUCUCAAAAGCCUCGACGUCGCCCCAAAUGCAACCGGCACCCCAUACACUCUCCCCGCAAUCAUCCACAAAGACUCCAUAACCACCAACCCGCACGGCGCACUAAUGGACUCCCUCCCCAUCGUCCUCCACCUAGAUAAGAUCUUCCCAUCCCCUCCGCUCUUUCCCUCUGGUGACGCAAGCUACGCGCUCCUCGUCGCACUGGGUAAAGUCGUUGGCGCCAUGGGCCCUGCAGUCCGCCAGUUGAUUGUGCCAAAUGUGCCCCAGCAUCUGGACCCACGCGGACAGGAGUACUUCAAUCGAACCCGCGCGGAGACUUUUGGAAAACCGCUAUCAGAAGUUCGGCCCAAGGAUCAGGCCGGGGUAGAUGAGAUUUGGAAGAUUGUUGAGGCGGAGAGCGAGACGCUGGUUAAGAUGUUGAAGGGGCGGGAUGGGAAAAGGGGACCCUUUUUCGAAGGGGAGAAGGCGGGGUAUGCCGACUUGAUGAUCUGUUGUAUAUUUGCUUUCUUUGAGCGCAUGGAUUCUGCUUUCUUUGAGAAGUUGAUGGGUCUCGGUGAUGGGGAGGUGAAGGCUCUUUGGGACGCGUGUAGGCCUUGGCUGGAGGGUCAGGGUGAGGAGAAAGAGUGGCCGAUUCCUGCACAAGAUUGA